AUUGUUGCCAUUUUCACACGAGGUCCGUCGCAUCGCAACGCAGCUUCUCAAGGUUCUCGUUGAAACAACCAAGUUUCCAUCUUCUUUGACCUAAUUUCUCUCAAAUUCAGGAGGGAAUUAGGGAAAUUAAGGAUCCACUAGGAAGUGGAAGACCAAAUUUCCCAAACUCUACAAUCCUUCUGCUUUCGGAGGCAAUACAAAAUGGAUUAUCGAGGUUUCAGUAGUAGACUGGAAACAAGCAACCCAAGUAAAGGCUAUGCUCGGGAGCAGGAAUCUCUUGGUGAUGACUUUAUAGAUGAUUUUCGCUUGCCCAUCAACCAUAAACCAACAGAAAACGUUGAUCUUGAUAAUGUGGAACAAGCAUCAUUGGACACACAAUUAACGUCAUCAAAUGUGGGAUAUAGGCUUCUUCAGAAGAUGGGCUGGAAAGGGAAAGGACUAGGGAAGAAUGAGCAAGGAAUUAUUGAGCCAAUAAAAUCUGGAAUGAGAGAUCCCAAACUCGGAAUUGGAAAACAAGAAGAAGACGAUUUUUUCACUGCAGAAGAAAAUAUCCAGCGGAAAAAGCUUGAUGUUGAGGUGGAGGAGACAGAAGAACAUGCCAAAAAACGGGAGGUUUUAGCAGAACGUGAGGAGAAAAUUCAAACUGAGGUCAAAGAAAUACGCAAGGUUUUCUAUUGUGAUCUUUGCAACAAACAGUACAAACUGGCAAUGGAGUUUGAAGCCCAUCUCAGCUCAUAUGAUCAUAAUCACAGAAAGCGUUUUAAAGAAAUGAGAGAAAUGCAUGGUUCAAGCAGCCGGGAUGACAGAAACAAACGGGAACAGCAACGGGAAGAGAGAGAGAUGGCCAAAUUUGCUCAAAUUGCAGAUGCCCGUAAGAAGCAGCAGCAGUUGUUGGAGCAACAAGCAAGGGCAGCCGAGGCUCCUGUUUCUACUGAACUUAGAAACGCUACAUCAGUUGCAGAUCAGGAUCAGCGGAAAACAUUGAAAUUUGGAUUCUCUUCUAAAGGUGGCACCUCAAAGAACAUUUUUGGUGGAGCCAAAAAGAAACCGAAAGUAGCACCUGUAGCUUCUGUUUUUGGGAACGAUAGCGAUGAUGAAUAGCAAAACUGUUCCCAAGUUGCAUUUUGUAUCAGCAUUUUGAGGCUGUAUCUUCAAGGAACACCUUCUUGCCUUAAGUCGAGUUCUUGUAAUCUCAUUCCAGUGGAUAUUCUUGUUUAAACUUGUCGAUACUCGCUCUAUUAGACUGACAUGUCUAUCUUGUUUGAGGCCAAGUGAGUUAGUCUGAUGAAGAGAUAUCCAUACAAAUAUCAUACCACAGACAAUAUCCUUAGAGUUGUGAUGUGUUCUGUUAUUACAACUACAUCAUGCAAAUGAGACUGGAUAAUUAUUGUAAUCUAAAACCGUUGUCAAAGUUUAUCGUAUCACUUCACUUGUCUUGAGAAUACAUAUUUAUACUGAUAUGGAUUGAUUGCAUAAAA